AUGACCGUCAACGACGAUGAGUAUGACGAAGAUUAUGAAGAGGAACUCUAUGAAGCAGGUCAAACGGUGACGCGGGGUGGUGUCACAGACAACACAACUGGAGGAGCCACAGUCGUGUUGUGCCCAAAGCAUACUGCCAAGACAUUGAGAGAGAUUGAGGAGGCUAGACAAGUCGUCGAGAGCACACGUACUGCCGAGGACAUUGAGGAUGAUCAAUGGGACACAUCCAUGGUUGCCGAGUAUGGUGAUGAAAUCUUCGAGUACAUGCGUACUCUCGAGGAACGCAUGCGUCCGAAUGCACACUACAUGGAUUACCAGAACGAAUGUCAAUGGUCGAUGCGGUCCGUGCUUAUGGACUGGAUGAUCCAGGUCCACACACGUUUCACCCUGCUGCCCGAGACUCUGUUCCUGGCUGUCAACUACAUUGACCGUUUUCUUUCCUGCAAGGUCAUCUCACUAGGCAAGCUGCAGCUCGUCGGUGCCACUGCCAUCUUCCUUGCCGCGAAGUACGAGGAAGUCAACUGCCCCUCGGUCCAGGAGGUGGUUUACAUGGUUGACGGAGGCUAUACUCAGGAUGAGAUUCUCAAGGCUGAGCGUUACAUGCUCAGCAUGCUCUCCUUUGAGCUUGGCUGGCCUGGUCCCAUGAGUUUCCUGCGCCGCAUCAGCAAGGCCGACGAUUACGACCUCGAGACCAGAACCUUGGCAAAAUACUUCUUGGAGAUCACCAUCAUGGACGAACGCUUUGUUGGCUGUACGCCGAGUUUCCUGGCUGCAGGUGCCCACUGCCUUGCCCGCCUGAUGUUGCGCAAAGGUGAAUGGACUCAGGCCCACGUCUACUACUCCAACUACACCUACGCACAGAUCCGCCAGCUCUUGGCUGUCAUGGUUGAGUGUUGCGAGACUCCCGAUGUUCACCACAACGCCGUUUUCCAUAAGUACCAGGACCGCCGCUUCAAGCGCGCAUCUCUCUUCGUCCAGACUGAGAUGAAGAAGGGUUUCAAGCUUCCCGUCUACCAGCGUGCCACCUCUAUCGGUUACAAAGGCUGGUGA